AUGCUCCCGGUUGCAACGCAGCUUCGAAGUCUACUUUACUUCUCUGGGAGCUUGGUGCUUGGGAAACUGAACUGCAGCGGAAUUGAGAGCAAUUUGAAUGUUGGUGAACCUCUCCAUCACACAUUUAGCCGUUCGUGGAAGCCGCUGGAGUCCGUCGCCCGCACGGCCAUUGAGCGCGGUUGGAGCCAUGCCCGUCCCCGCGGGAUCCCUCAGCGACUCCCCCGCCGCGGCCUCUGCAUCCUCGGCCUCGCUUAUCCCGCCGCCGCCGAUCAACACCCGGCAGCCCGGCGUGGUCACCUCGCUCCUGUACAGCGGCUCCAGGUUCAGAGGCCACCAGAAGAGCAAAGGGAACUCCUACGACGUGGAGGUUGUGUUGCAGCAUGUCACAAUGGAAGACUCCUAUUUGUGUGGUUACCUUAAGAUAAAAGGGCUGACAGAGGAAUAUCCCACCCUCACCACAUUUUUUGCGGGAGAGAUCAUCAGCAGGAAGCGGCCGUUCCUAACUCGAAAGUGGGAUGCGGACGAGGACGUGGAUCGUAAGCACUGGGGCAAGUUUCAGGCUUUCUACCAGUAUGCAAAGACAUUCAACUCUGAUGAAUUUGACUACGAGGAUCUGAAAAACUCAGACUAUAUUUUCAUGAGAUGGAAGGAGCAGUUUCUGGUCCCUGACCACACAAUUAAAGACAUCAGCGGUGCUUCCUUUGCUGGGUUCUACUACAUCUGCUUCCAGAAAUCCACAGCAACAAUUGAGGGCUACUACUAUCACCGGAGCUCUGAAUGGUACCAGUCUUUAAACCUCACCCACGUUCCCGAACACAGUGCAGCCAUCUACGAGUUCCGGUGACCCUCCUGCUGGCAUCGUGGAUCUUUCUUUUAUUGGACAUUGACUUGUGGAAAAGAUGAGGUCUGCAGAUGCUACGGAGAAAGAAAAGGAGGCCAACUUGAGGAUGGAUGACAAUUAGGGGUUUUUGAAGAUGAACAAAGUCUUCUAUUUUCUCAAUAAGUGUGGAUGGACAGCUGAAGAUGUGCACAGAGGCUAUAUAGGACAAAUGAAUGUAUGUGUGGAUGGCGGAAGCGCCGUUCGCCUCCGUGGGUGGAGCUUGUAAAGUCAGAACCAGCAGCAAAGACCGACUUUGGUUCAUUUAAAGUUCCCCUUUCUUCUUUUGUUUUAACAUCUGUUUUUAAAAGCUUGGUGCAGUAUGUUGUGACACUUUAUGAGCCUUGUUGGAAAUUCUCAGAGUCUCCAGCUUUCAAGCAACGGAUGUGGAACGAGCAGCGCGGACACACUGAGCUACUGUUGGACAAGGAUUCCCCCGAGGAGUCUGCACUUAAAAAUACAGCCUCUGAGGAAGCAAAUCAAGUCUGUGAGGAGGAAAAGGCAAUACAGAUGUCGGGGUUCAUUACUAGAACUCUGGGUUUUAAGGUGGGAGCAUAAAUGAGCUCAGAAGCUGGAAAGAAAGUAUUUUUAAGCUAUUGUGAUUCUUUGUUUGCCUGCUGAGAGUCUAUUUUCUUAUUUUACUCUUGACAAUGGACAAUGAGUGGCACUUUUAAAAGCCACAAAGUGAGACACACACAUGAAACAGGCGUUCUCCCCGUGUUCAUGAAACUGCUUUGGAGAUUAUUAUCAUCACAUAGGGUUGCUGUGGAUUUUCUUCUGUCGAGUUUCAUUUGCACAGACGGUAUGUUACUAAAGCGCUUGCAGAUAGGAUUUUACACACAUCCCAGCACGUAAGUUUCGAGGUAGGGGAACGAGUUGUCUCAAUAGGUUUUUAAAAGAAAAUAUUGUGGAGGGUUUAAAGCCAAAACAAUCACGUAAAGAUAUUCUACAGAAAGUAUUUUAUACCCUAACUCUUGUGUUAAAGAGCAUUUUACUCCACGUGUCAUUUUCUGUUAUAAUUCCUGUCAUCCUGUGUUUACAUCCCCUCGACUAUGCAACACUUACGUGAUAGCACACUCCAAACAUAGAACCCUGAGUUUUCAGAGGCAAAAUUUUAAUUCUAUCCUUAUG